GGGGCUACUGUGUGAGUGACACGUGGGUGGAGGAGGAAAGGCGAGUUUCCUCCUGCGCUCGUGGACUUAGGCAGGAAGUGGCAAUCGCGAGUGCCGGGCCACGCGUGCAACGAGGUCAACGGGCGCAGUCCCCACCACCCGUCGCCCCCCUCCCCGGACUCACGCGUCCCCGCGCCCCCCCCUCCUCCACCCGUGAGUUCCGCGCGACACCCGAGCGCUCAGGCGUGCCGCCAUGGCGUGCAGCCAGCUGUCCGUGCAGCUCAUGUCGUGGGCCCUCGGGGUGGGAGGGGUGGCCUACCUGCUCCACCAGCAGCGCCACCGCACCAAGUACGGGCGCUACCAGGCAGCGGGGACCGCGCUGCCGGCGCGCCUCGCGUGGUUCCUGCAGGAGCUCCCGUCCUUCCUGGUGCCCGUGCUGCUCCUGCUGGGCGCCGGCGGGGCGGACACCCUGCCCCUGCCCAACGCGCUGCUUCUUCUCAUGUUCUGCGGCCACUACUUCCAGAGGACAUUCGUGUUCUCGCUGCUGAGCAACGGGAGGCCCACGCCACUCGCCAUCGUGGCUUACGCCUUCGCCUUCUGCGCCUACAACGGCUUCCUGCAGGGUCACCAGCUCGUGCACUGCGUGGCGUACCCGCCUUGGUGGCACCGCGACCCCAGGUUCAUCGCAGGGGUCCUGCUGUUUGCGCUGGGCAUGGGGAUCAACAUCCACAGCGACAGCAUCCUGCGGGGUCUGCGACGCCCCGGACAGACCCACUACAGCAUCCCCCAAGGGGGUCUGUUCGAGCUGGUGUCGGGCGCGAACUUCCUGGGCGAGAUCGUGGAGUGGAGCGGCUUCGCGCUCGCCUCGUGGUCGCUCCCCGCGGCGACAUUCUGCAUCUUCACCGUGUGCGCCAUCGGGCCGCGCGCCGUCCACCACCACCAAUUCUACCUCGAAAAGUUCAAGGACUACCCCAAGUCGCGUCGCGCACUCAUCCCCUUCCUCCUGUGAGCCGGGAGCCAGAGCUGGGAGCCGGGAGCGAUUGGAGACGCGCGGUGCUGCGCCUCUCAUGACUGUGAUGUCAUCGUAGUUAAUUAUUAGAAGCGCAGUCGUGCAUGCACCGACAUUGAUCGAACGAAUGAGCGAAUGACUGAAUGAAUGACUGAAUGAAUGAACGAAUGACUGGUUGACUGAUUGAGUGGCUGCAUUGGCAGACUCACUGACCCGCUCGUUGACUCACUAAAUUACGAGCUGACGACUUCGCUAUCCGAUUGAUGUAUUGGCUGACUGCUUGCCCGAUGGGCAGCUCAAUGAAUCACCCAUGGAGUGACUGGCUGGAUAGCCCACUGGUUGACGAUUUGACCUGACUGUUUUACUGGCUGGAUGACCUCAAUGAGGGACUCCUCAUUCACUCACUAAUUGGCUGAAUCACUGUUUGACCCACGAGUUGACUUACGAAUUAACGGUAGACGGAGGCGUUUUAUUGAAGGCCGAAGAACCCGAUGAGCUAUGCAGCUUUUUUCAUAUUCAGGUGACGAACGGGCUCACUGGAUACCUCGAUUUGACUCACCGACUGACUGGAUAGACCACUGACUCACUAAUUGACCGAAUGGAUAGUCCAAUGACUGAAUUGCUAAUUGAUGGUUUAGUUAGAGCUGGGGGAUUUCUCUCCCCCGCGUCGCGGCCAAUGGCGAGGGUGUCCGGAGGAUUUGCCCCGCGGGAGGGAGGGGACCCUUUGUUCCGCCAGGGGGACCCCCGUGGGCCCCGUUCCCCCCCCCCCGUGUUACACCCCCCUCCCCCCCCCCCCUGCCCCCCCCUCCCCCCCCGGCGAGGAGAGAGAGGAAGCGCUCGCCCGUUCCGUUACGCAGCCUGGGCACGGCACCGCGGGCGACGAGGCUGUGAUGUCAAUGCGAUGAUGGGGAUUUGAUGGGAGUAUGAUGCGGUGACGGGACUGUGACCUUAAAUCAUGCAGCGACCGCUCGUCUGUGUUGUGCAACUGGCGCUGUAUAAUAAACACUGCUGCAGUCGUGAUUUC